AUGGCAGCCCCUAGCUCGCCGGGGGCACGAGACGAGGCGCGAGUGCCAGGAGAUACCGAGACUGAUGACAGCUGGGGACUGGGUGAUAUGCCCGCGCAUCGUCAAACCGACGUGUACCUCAUCCAUGAAGUAUGUUGGCACCGUCUGCUGGAGCAUUUCGGCCCCGAUGAACUACACCUAGGAAGUCUUUUCGAGGCAUUGGAGUUAUUGCCCUAUACACCGGGGCAAUCUCACCACGCAUUUACUCCAGGUGGCCACCCGUCCUUCCACUCGACGUUUGAAGAUCAAGAGAUCCGGCGUGAUGGCCGGUUCGGACUGCCCGCGCUGGAAGAGCUCAUGCGCUUCCCCAGAGACCCCCCUCUGCCAGCUUCGUGUAUCACCCCGCGACGGCGCGCCUCCCACCGGCGUCGAACCGGCAGGGAUGGCUUCCAGCGUCUGCCCCUGGAGAUCAUCGAAGCAAUUGCCAUCUUGCUACCGACACGGGAUAUUUUGCAUCUCCGUUGCGCGUCACGCGGAUUUGUAGGCAUUUUCUCCAGCCGCGCGUUUUGGAAAACGAGAUUUGAGAUCAAUGCAGAACGGGGAUUCCUGCUGCCCGUCCUCCGCAACUACUUUGAGAGGAAAGGGAGAAGGAGGAGGCAGGAAGAGGAGGGGGAGAUCGACUGGAGGCUGCUCUACCACUGCACCUGUAAGCUGGGCUGUAGUUGGGGGUUUCGCCUGGAGAUUGGGACGUGGGAGGCGCUGCGCUGGGUUCGCGACACAGCCCUGGCUCUGCAUUCCGGGCGGCCUCGCCCACUUGACUUCCGCGGCAUGGGUCUCCAUCAUUAUGAUAAUACCCUCGUGCGGGGUACGUACCGGGAGGUUGUCGAAAUCCACGCUCCGGUAUGCCAGGUUGCGGUCUCCGUGUUGCAGGAGACCGCCAAGCCUUCCAUCACUGGAUUGGACUUCUUUUUCAAGGAUGGAUCCAGAGCCAUGCUGGGCUACUCAUGCCCUGAAGCAAGGGAGAUCCAUGGGGAGACGCAGUGGAAACAGAUGGGCAUGCCGAAUCCGUACUUUUAUCCCGGGGUUCGCGUAACAAUCGACAUCGAAAGCUUCCAUGGAUUUUCCGUAAGUAGGGAUGUAGCUGGUGGUGUGACCGGCUUUCUGAUCUUGCCCGGGAUGGACUACAGUGUAGGCUACUUGGAUACCGUCAAGCGCUUUGCAGUGGGCGAUUACAUAGAGCCCCGGCCAUACCACCCUUUCUACAGCUCUCUUGAUGAAGUAUACCAAGUCACUGCCGUUUCCGAUGUUGGGAUCCAGCCAUAUGAGCAAGUAGUGGACAACUUCUGGCUCAAUGUCUUCCAAAACUACUUUCCGCUCCAAGGCCGUUAUGGCGUGGAGCGAGAGUCGUAUACCAACCCGCAGGGCAGAUUCACAGCCAAUGUGCUUCUUACCAGAAUUAUGGGGAACGCGUUGCAGAAAGUCGUUAUCGUCGAAGCCAAACGGUUUCCGCGAAACACUCUGCCUGGCUGGGAGCAAAGGUUCAGCUGGAGGCCGCUGCAGAAUCAGCUGCGGGAUCGGCUUACCGGCGUCCGUACUACCAGUGGGACCCAACAUACCCUGUACGGCAUUGCAGCCGUUGGCGACAGGGUCCGAUUCUUCCAACUGCCAGAAGACUCAGGCCAAUUGGUCCCCUUUGGUCUCGAUCCUCAGAGCCCUCCACCUGAAGCCCGCACCCUGAGUAUCCACAGAGACCAGAAUGAGAUAGAUUGGCUGAUCAGAAGCAUCAGGAGCAUCUUUGAGCAAUAG